AUGGGAGAGCCAACAAACACCUGGAUCAAUGAAACACAACCAACAAAGUUAAAUCAAGAACACAACUUCUGUGAUUUGAAGAGAGUUGAAGGAGGUGUUUAUAUACUGAAUCUCACUGGAGAAAUCCAACAUAGGUUUACUCCCAAGGCCAUACGUUCAAUUGAUGAAUCACUUGAUCAGGUUCUGAGGGAUGCAAGUGCAUGUGCUUUGAUUACCACAAAUCAGAUUCUAGACAUUGGGUGGUGGUUGAUGAUGAUGGCUAAAUUGUUCAAAUUAUGUCUCGACAUUUUAUGGAUUAAUUUGAAUAUGGAAUCAGGGAAAUUCUUUUCAAAUGGGAUGGAUGUGGACUACAUAAAAGACUGUAAUAAACAAGUUGCAACUGAAUAUUUGCAAAUGUUUCAGAGGCUUGUAAGCAAGUUGUUAACCUUUUGUCUCCCAACCAUAGCAGUUAUAAGAGGGCAUGCAGUUGGAGCUGGAUUUAUAUUUGCACUGGCUCAUGACUACAGACUCAUGACCUCAAGCCGUGGCUAUAUCUUCAUGAAUGAGAUAGACUUGGGAAUGUCCUUGACACCGGGAAAUAUGGCUGUUCUUCGUUCAAAAUUACCUUUAUCAACCUUUCAAGAAGCAACACUCACAGGGAAGCACUAUGACGGGGAGAGAGCAGCUGCAGCUGGAAUUGUUCAUGCUACAUGUCCCAUAGGGCCAAAACUUUUAGAAGAGGGGAUAAAUAUAGCUAUGGAAUACAAAGCAAGGAAUUGGAAAAGACAGGUUUAUUAUGCACUGAAAAUGGAGAUGUUCAAAACCACCGUGACAGAGCUUGAAAAUGGGGAAAUUGGGUUUGCAAGAAUGUGA